UAGAGCUGCUUUUACUCAUUCUUUCUUUACCUGGGAGUCAGCUCAACCUUUCCACAAUCCACGUAUGCGCUUUACAGCCCCCAGCGUGUUAUGGCAUGCUGUAGAGACUCUGUCAUUAUUCGGCGUUUACUGCAUUCUUUAUUAUGAUUAUUAUGUUCAAGGCAGUCUCGGGCUCUCUGCGUACUAAACUGGAAGUCGCCUAGCGUUGUCUGCUUAUGUCUCUUCUUCCCUGUCUGUCUUCUGCCUCUCAGCCACAAGGAAUACUGGUUAUAUACCCCAUGAGGGAAUGAAGUGUCUUCCUACUUAGAUACUAGGAAUCCGGAUGACAAUAGUUAGUCCUCUUUGGCCCUGUCACCACCUGAGCGAGGCAGUCGCCCAAGGCACAGCCGCUGACCUCACAGUCUUUCUGAGGUGGCAGAUGGACGCUUUCAAGUUCGUCUCAUGGGAGUCCAGUCCACUUAGCCUCAAUGAGUCAGUUCCUUGCAGCCGCGAACCCCGUCAGCCAUCUCUGACUGUUUAGCAGGUCCUUCGACCUUUCUUGGCAUUUGUUUACCUUCUCGACUAUGAGUCUGCUUUUCCUCGUGUGUGUAGGCUGCUUUCAUCAUUUCCUACCUUCCUGCAAGGUGACAUUCUGCUCGGCUAGACGCGAGGACUCCUUCCCCGCCCUCCCCCUCCUCCUCCCUGGAGCAUAAAUGCUGCGGGCGCGAAGGGCGCCUCACUGCAGCGCUCGGGAAAGCCUGGCCAACCUCCAGCCUUCGACUUCAGCCUCCCUUAGCACUUUAAGAGCCCGCGCUUUUGGAAGGACCGAGGCCGGGUCCUUAUCGAGGUGUCGCGAGAAGCGCCUCACCGGAUACCUCUCGCGAUGUUUGGCGGGGCGAAAGGCGGCCAUUUUGGGGUACCCCCCGCUGGUUACUCUGGCAGCAUCUCCCAGGCUGCGGCAGGGACCAAAGCUGGCUCCGCAGGAGGCCGGCCGGCCGACGCUAUGUGGCGGCUCCGCUGCAAGGCCAAGGGUGGCACCCACGUUUUGCAGGGUCUGUCCAGCAGGACCCGCUUAUGGGAACUGCAGGGCCAAAUAGCCGCUAUCACUGGCAUCGCUCCGGGCUGUCAGCGAAUCCUCGUCGGCUACCCACCCGAGUGCCUGGAUCUCAGAGACCCGGACAUCACUCUUGGGGACCUGCCCAUCCAGUCAGGUGACAUGCUGAUUGCUGAGGAAGACCAAACCAGACCCAAAGCUUCACCUGCGUUUUCAAAACAUGGUGCUCCUAGUUAUGUCAGGGAAACGUUGCCUGUGCUUACCAGAACCUCGGUCCCAGCAGACAACUCUUGCCUCUUUACCAGUGUGUACUAUGUCGUGGAAGGAGGCGUCUUGAAUCCUGCUUGUGCCCCUGAGAUGAGACGCCUCAUAGCACAGAUUGUAGCAAGCGACCCAGACUUCUAUAGUGAGGCAAUCCUGGGAAAAACAAACGAAGAGUAUUGUGAGUGGAUCAAAAGGGAUGAUACUUGGGGGGGAGCAAUUGAGAUAUCGAUCCUGUCUAAGUUUUAUCAAUGUGAAAUAUGCGUGGUAGAUACACAGACUGUCAGAAUCGAUCGUUUUGGGGAGGAUGCAGGCUAUACCAAAAGGGUUCUGCUUAUCUACGAUGGCAUCCACUACGACCCACUUCAGCGUAACUUCCCUGAUCCAGAUACCCCUCCUCUGACCAUUUUCUCCUCAAAUGAUGACAUUGUUCUUGUACAAGCACUGGAAUUAGCUGACGAAGCCAGAAGAAAGAGACAGUUUACUGAUGUAAACCGCUUCACCCUGCGAUGCAUGGUGUGUCAGAAGGGGUUAACUGGACAAGCAGAAGCAAGGGACCAUGCCAAGGAGACAGGCCACACCAACUUUGGAGAGGUGUGAUCUGUCCAUGGUAAGAGUUGGAGCCUACUACCUCACAGAUCCAGAAGGCUCUGGGUUUCCCAAUAAGCUAAUCGUGACCCUACAGAAUAGAAGAACACAAUGCUUGGACCAUUCUUCUAACUUAAGCCAGUAUGACUGACACUGAAAUUCCUUGUUAAGAUUAAAAUUAGUGUGCAAGUUUACAGAUGUGUGUCUACACUAGUGGCAUGCCCUCUUUCUACUGGGGUGUCAGAAUAGGUGGCUCUGGCCACUUCUGAUGCUAACCUAAAGACUGGAUUGUGUUAUAAAUCAGCAUCCUGUGGCUUUAACAUAGAGAAGAAAACGUCAUAUUUUAGGUAAUGUGGAAAGCCUUGUAGAGGGCCACUGGACAUACACCACAGUGUCUCCAGUAGUUGAUUCCUUUUAAUAACUUUGAAUGAGUUAGUCACUUCUAAAUUCUGAAUUGAUUCAUCAAAUGAAGAUACUCAGAAUUGUCAAAACUUUUUAUAUUGCAAUUUGGUAGACUUUAUAAGUGUAUCUAACUACUAAUAAGUGCAUAAAAAGCAAUUCUAACAGGGAUGAGACUAUCCCUUGAGAAUGUUAUCUAUAACAGGAAUUAAUAUGAUCCUGUUGGAGAUUUCUAGUAUAUAAAAGUAGAAUGUAUUAGGGGGAAAGGUGCCUGAAACAGCUCACUGAAGCUUUCAAAGCCUGUUGGCCUCCUGUUUUAAUGCAAUUCAUGUGUUGGUGUUUGUCACAU